UUAACCCAGAAAUAAGUACUAUAACCCUAAGUUUACUAUCCUUUUCUGUUUCAGUUACAAACACACCUAAUCCCACGUUCGGUACUUCAAGUGAGUUGCAACAGAAGUGUCGGUAAGUUUUCCUUCUUAUGAUUUGAUAAAAUAGAAGGAAUCAACAAGCGAAGGACUUCAUAUUUAAUUUAAUUUUUUUUUCCUCGACAAACAUAACCGAUCCCAUUGAUUAAUUUCCAGGAAUUAAACCAAGGUUGGGAAUCCUAAAUUGUUGUGGUUUCAUAUCUUCGUUUCCUAGUUGAAGUUGGUUUUGUAUGUUAUAAAUAUGUGUGAAUAAUUAUUAGAAGCCUCUUACCAUAGCUUUCUUCAAUCUCCGUUGUUCAAAUUGUUUGAUCGACACAAGUAUUGUUUGAAAGGUUCACACCAUAGCUUUCUUCAAUCUUUGUUGUUCGUUUUUCGAAUUAACAUAUACCAAUGGGAAGUCGCAUUGAAGAGGAAAUCCUGAGAAGGUUACCAGUGAAGUCUCUUCUUCGAUUCAAGUGUGUUUCUGAAUCUUGGAAGACAUUAAUCUCUGAACCUCACUUUAAGAAGAAGCAUCUCAAUCAUGCGAAGAAUCAAAAUCCCCCAAAAAUGCUUAUUGGCCAAACAUGCCCUAAGGAUGAUACUUUUUACUUCUAUUCUUCCUCUUUGUCGUCGCAUCGUAUCGUUGAGGAUGUUCGGAAUCUUGAUUGCCCUUCAAACUUUGUUCCGGGCUUCUGCAAGAUCUAUUGUUGUUGUGAUGGCUUGUUUUUAAUUGGGAUUGAUAAUACACCUAAUUCUUCAAUAUUGUUGUUGUGGAAUCCCUUAACAAGAGAAUCAAUAGUACUUCCCGACCAGAAUAAGGAUUCCAAUUAUUCUAUUUAUGGAUUGGGAUAUGACCCAAUUAGUGAUGACUAUAAGGUCUUAAAGGUUGAGGAGGAUGAAGAUUAUGAGAAUGACGAGGAUGGUGAAAUAUCCAAUGAAAUUCUCUCACUAAAAAGUGGUUCAUGGAGAGAAAUUAGUGAUAGCAACGAUAAGGAUUACAACUGUUUGUCAUCGACCGACAGUAUGGACUGUCUGGCAUUUGUACAUGGAGCAUUUCAUUGGCAUGGUUUUACAGAAAGAAAUGGCUUUUUGUUUUCUGUUAUUUCAUUUAAUAUUUCAAAUGAGCAGUACGGAGAGAUACCGUUGCCAGAACGAAUGUGCUUGCCGUCUGACAUGAUCGACCAUGGCGUAGCAGUGUUGGGAGGAAUGCUCUCUAUAAAUUGUGUUUACUGCAAUGGAACUAAUUUUUUUGAUUUAUGGGUAAUGAAAGACUACGGCGUAGAAGAAUCUUGGAUUAAAUUAUUUACCAUCACAAAUGCCAGGAUUCCUUCCAUCAUACCAAUCGUACCCAAGUAUAUGUUUGCUGAUGGUGAAGUUUUAUUCAGCUGCGGAAGAAGAACCGAAUUUAUGACAUCCAAAGGACCAUAUGGAUUUAGCAAUCUAAUAUGGUCUCUAGCUAGUGAUGACAUUGACACAUGUGGAUAUGUUUAUACGGAAAGUUUGAUCUUUCCAGAAGUAAAUCUCUAGGUUGUCUUGCUUACUUAGUACUUGCGUUUGCUCAUGUAUGAUUUUUAAUUUCGUACUAAUUCUUAUUUCAUUUCAUAUGAGUGUACACUAGUUUUAGCUUACUCUUCCAAAUAUUUGUAAAUAAUGAUAAUUUAGCAUCUAAU